GUGCGAGUCUUUUCUGGAAGGGUGACGUCGCGGCCGGCCGCGCUAUAAAAGGGAGCGGCGCGGCAGUGGCGUCGCAGAGUUCCCAGCUGGGAGGGAGAAAAAGCGCGCGCGAGAUUUGUGCUGAGGAGUCUGGCGGGUGGUGAAUCUUGAGACAAGUUGACGGUCACAGCGCACCUCGACACCCAUCAACAAGCGAGCCGAGCCAAUCUCUCCGUUGUCGGCAAACCGUUUCGCCUUUCCAACGUCAACUUCCUCGACCUCGUCGGCGGCAAAGGGCGAGAGGAUGGCGUCCAAGGGAAUUGCGGUGGGCAUCGACCUGGGCACGACCUACUCGUGCGUCGGCGUGUUCCAGCACGGCAAGGUGGAGAUCAUCGCCAACGACCAGGGCAACCGCACGACCCCCUCGUACGUUGCCUUCAACGACUCGGAGAGGCUCAUCGGCGACGCCGCCAAAAACCAGGUGGCCAUGAACCCCUCCAACACCGUCUUCGACGCCAAGCGGCUCAUCGGCAGGCGCUUCGACGAUGCCAUCGUGCAGAGCGACAUGAAGCACUGGCCCUUCACGGUGGUGAGCGACGGUGGCAAGCCCAAGGUUCAAGUGGAGUACAAGGGCGAGGCAAAGACGUUCUUCCCGGAGGAGAUCUCCUCCAUGGUGCUCACCAAGAUGAAGGAGAUCGCCGAGGCCUACCUGGGCAAGUCGGUGACCAAUGCGGUCGUCACGGUGCCCGCCUACUUCAACGACUCCCAGCGCCAGGCCACCAAGGACGCGGGCACCAUCGCCGGCCUCAACGUGCUGAGAAUCAUCAACGAGCCCACAGCGGCCGCCAUCGCGUACGGCCUCGACAAGAAGGUUGGCGGCGAGCGCAACGUGCUCAUCUUCGACCUGGGCGGCGGCACCUUUGACGUCUCCAUCCUGACGAUCGACGACGGCAUCUUCGAGGUGAAAUCGACGGCGGGCGACACCCACCUGGGCGGCGAGGACUUCGACAACCGCAUGGUGAGCCACUUCGCCGACGAGUUCAAGCGCAAGCACCGCAAGGACCUGUCGGGAAACAAGCGCGCCGUGCGGCGCCUGCGAACGGCGUGCGAGCGCGCCAAGCGCACCCUGUCGUCGAGCACGCAGGCGAGCAUCGAGAUCGACUCGCUGUUCGAGGGCAUCGACUUCUACACGUCGGUGACGCGCGCCCGAUUCGAGGAGCUCAACUCGGACCUCUUCCGUGGCACGCUGGAGCCCGUGGAGAAGGCCAUGAGGGACGCCAAGCUCGAUAAGUCGCAGAUCCAGGACCUCGUGCUGGUGGGUGGCUCGACGCGCAUCCCCAAGAUCCAGAAGCUGCUGCAGGACUUCUUCAACGGCAAGGAACUCAACAAGAGCAUCAACCCGGACGAGGCGGUGGCCUACGGCGCCGCCGUGCAGGCCGCCAUCCUCACGGGCGACAAGUCUGAGAACGUGCAGGACCUGCUGCUGCUCGACGUGGCGCCGCUCUCGCUCGGCAUUGAGACGGCCGGCGGGGUCAUGACCCCGCUCAUAAAGCGCAACAGCACCAUCCCCACCAAGCAGACCCAGAUCUUCACGACGUACGCGGACAACCAGCCGGGCGUGCUGGUGCAGGUAUACGAGGGUGAGCGCGCCAUGACCAAGGACAACAACCUCCUGGGCAAGUUUGAGCUCACGGGCAUCCCGCCGGCGCCACGCGGGGUGCCGCAGAUCGAGGUCACCUUCGACAUUGACGCCAAUGGCAUCCUCAACGUGGCGGCCGCGGACAAGAGCACGGGCAAGGAGAACAAGAUCACCAUUAACAACGACAAGGGCCGUCUCAGCAAGGAGGAGAUCGAGCGCAUGGUGUCGGAAGCAGACCGCUACAAGUCUGAGGACGACGCUCAGCGCGAGAAGGUCUCUGCCAAGAACUCGCUCGAGUCGUACGCUUUCAACAUGAAGAGCGCCGUGAGCGAGGAGGGCGCCAGCCAGAAGAUCAGCGACGCCGACCGCAAGUGCGUGGUGGACAAGUGCACCGAGGCGCUCAACUGGCUCGACAAGAAUCAGACGGCCGAGACGGAGGAGUUCCAGCACCAGCUGAAGGAGCUGGAGAAGGUGUGCACCCCCGUCGUCACCAAGAUGUACCAGGGCGCCGGCGCUCCGCCGGGAGGCUUCCCCGGUGGGCCCUCGCCCGGCGCGGGGGGAGCACAGUCCGGGUCGGGGCCGACUAUCGAGGAGGUGGAUUGAGGUGGUGAGUGAGUGGGUGGGUGGGUCGAGGAGGAGCAGGAUUGAGAGGAGGUGGGUGAGAGAGUGAGACUGGUUUGGUGGACGAGUGGCUUGCCCAAGAAGGUGGUGAUGAGGAGGUGAAUUCGAUUUUGUUUUUGGGAGUUUGAAAUGUAACCUUCAUAACAGUUUAGUUGCAGGAUAAUAUCUCACGUUGGACUCCGUUGUAGGAAAUUCCAUUUUGAAAUCGUAAUGAACCUGGUGUGGACGUAAACUCCGCACUGUAACAACAACAACAAACCAAAUCGCCGUACAGAUUGUAAGUGAUCAGAUCGAACUGCGGAUCGUAAUAAGUUAAAGCUUUUCCUGAUUUAUAUGUUAAUAUAUAGCCAUAACAGAGAUUAUAUUAACGUGAGGGUGCCGCUAACCAAUAUGCACAAGGAAUGUAUGGCUUCAGUUUUCUGGCAACUUGUUGCCCACAAUUUUGUGCGAAAGUCGACAGCUGAGAUUCUCGUAUUCACAAGGGGACAUGGCCCCUACACUGCUUCUGUGUUGACUCGUCAAUUCUCAAAUUGCUUCGGGCCACUUGGUGAAUAUCGAGAGGUGGCUGCGGUGGAAGACCGGUGGCAAGUGUCGUGACCUUGGAAAUGACAACGUUGAAUUUUUGAGUGGCACUCCCAAUGAUCCACCCGUCGGUAUUCUUAAAUUAAUAAUAAAGACUUGGGUGAGGAGAAAAAAAUACCUUAUUUGUUGACGGCGAGCCUAAUAUUGCUUUUUUGGGGUCUCUUAUCGCUUUGCUUUUACAUCCUUACGAGUGUUGUCCGUGUGACAGUGCCGCAUUCUGAUUGCAAGCCGCUUGGGAAAGUUUUCGGUGCGCUUUUGAACUCUUUGUUAUUAAAGUUAGCCGUUGACAGGCUGUUUUUGGGGAGGCAAGUGCUGUUUGUGCCACCCUUGUGACGUGGGAGAACGCGGUGACUCGUAGAGGGGGGGGGGGUGGUUCUAUCAGCCGGUAUGACUCAUCGUAGAGUUGCGGCGUCAAAGCUACGCAAAUGAUCUGGCCCAGAAAUGUUUAUCGUUGGUGACCGUCCAGCAUCCAACUCGAGCCGAUCAAAUCGUCGAGCGGUGUGCAGUCGUUUUUUUUAACGGCCCGGUAAAUACAACAAAAAAAUAUUUUGGGUUUUUAUUAGGCGGGGGCUGGAUUAAGCCACAGCCUAACGAGGCCUUAGGCCCUCCGUUCCGCGUUGACGGUGAGCGACAGAACGCGGCCGUCCCAAACGCUUAGAUGACGUAAUUUGUGACUUGGCUACAGCUAGCGGAAAAAAAGUUUAGUUUGAAUAAAGUAACGUGUCGAGUGAUUAAUGUUUGAUUACAUUUACCCUGAGUCGAAUAAAUGUUUAAAAAAUUUUGCAGAGGAAAAUUAAUAAGUAUGUUUGACUUAAUUAUGUUGGCGAUUUAUAACACAUAGGCACUUCACGCCUAUUAGCCUUAGGCCUCUCUUAACUAUUACUCCGGGCUCUGGUACUAGGACACAAAUUGGGCCAGAUCAUUAUUACGUGGCCUUACCCACACAUCUACCAUGAUUUGUCAUAAAUGCUAUGUUCAAGUUUUUGCAUGUUAAGAAUAUUUUUGAAUGUAAAAUGCACUGUGUACACAGUAUAUACACACAGCUUUGAUGUGAACAAGUGACUGUUGUGCUUUAUGAGUUAAGUUGUUUGUUUUUUAUAUUUCUAUGCCACUUUAUUUUGCGAACGAUUUUUGGAUUGUGGAAAAAAAAAGUUGUUUCCUGUGAAAUCCAAUAAAGUAAAAAAAAAUGCUCUGAAA